GCUCAAAAUAGAAAACAAGUAAUUAUUGUAGGGAAAACUGGUAACGGAAAAAGUACACUUGGUAAUAUUCUACUUCGAAAUAAGUCUUUUUCCGAAGGGAGUGGAUUCAAUGCUAUGACAACGAAAUGUCAAUUUGAGAAACGUGGACAAUUUGAAAUUGUUGAUACGCCAGGGCUUUUUGACACCAGUCAAAACCGAAAUGUUGCUCGACAAGCCGAAAGAAUCCUAGAUGCUUUGAAACUUUGCCCAGCACCGCAUGCCUUUUUGAUAGUAAUCAGAUACAGUAGAUUUACGGCUAAGGAAGUUUCUGCUUUGGAUGUGUUGCCAAUUACAUUCGGAGAGAAAUGUUUUGAUCAUGCCAUUGUCGUGGUUACUCAUGUUGACAAUGAUGUAACAGACGCCGAUUUUAGGAACGCUUGCCGGGAAUCACAAAAGGUGAAUGAGUUACUGAAACGCUGUGGGAAACGGAUUGUUAGAAUCGAUAAUAUGCAUCCGAAAGAUAAGAAUAUCAGUAUUCUACUCCGGUACAUAGAUCAAGUAUCAAAAUAUGGAAAAGCAUGCUUCAAAAAUGAUUAUCUAAGCUGCCACGAGGAAGUGUUAAGAAGACAUGCUGAUCAUUAUAGGUACGACAGAAUGCUUGUUCAUGAGCAGGUUGAAAUUAUAGCAAAGGAAAUAAGAACAUUGAUAGAAAAAGAGAAAAAAGUAAGGGAAGAAAAAGAAAAGGAAGAUCAAAGUGAAAAAGAACAGGAUUUGUAUUGGGAUAUAGUAAAAAAUGUUUUAAUUUUUGGUGCAGGAGCUACAAGUGGCAUACUCGUAUAUUCUAAAUUGUAAAAUUACCAGUCCUUAAUUUAGUAAACUAAUAGAUAAACAAGUAAUAAGUACACUUUUUAAAUACUGACACUUAUUUGUUUAGAAACCAAAAGUACAAACUUUAUACCUGUUGACGAUAUUUCGGACACAGUUGUAAUAUGUUGACAAUGGGAAUUACUGUAUUGUUUCUAAUUAUCAGAAAUAAAUUUUCAAUUAUAAUUUACCGCAAAUGGCAAAUGACUUUACCCUAAAUACAUUCAUUUCACAUUAUACAAAGAUUACAUCUUUUGUUUCUUGAUGACGAUAUCGGAAGUCUCAUGAAGUCCUUCGCCCUUUUGUCUUCCUCUACAAUCCUGGUGCCAUUUCAUGUGCCUCUGCCUUUUUAUGUCAAACAGAAACCCCCUUUUGUGUAUUCAGAAAUAUGAAAAAAAACUUACAGAGAAGCAAUAAUGAACACUUUUAGUAGUACGUUGGUUUGGUUCGAUGCAAUGAAAAAACAUCCCAUUAACAAAUCUAGUAUAAAGACAGUGAAACGGCUGACUGACGGAAAGGAAGCUCUGAAAUUGGAAUACGUACGAGGAGGUUCCUGUUGUACGACAUUGUAGAUCUUGAAGGACAUGGUGCCAUGGAACAAGAAGAAGACUCGGAUUGAUAUGUAAAAUCUCGUUUCAGAAACUUAAAGUUGCAAUGCGACGCAUAUUUCUGAAAAUAAUCUUUUUGAAUGCAAUUAGAAAAAUGAUUACAAGAGUUUCUUUUUAUUUACAAACAUAAUCUUAAACUAAAUUGACGUUGUCGUCAAAAUAAACAAAGUGAAGAGCAAAAGCGUUUAUAUAUGCACAAAUAGAACUCAUGCACUAUUAUAUAGUGCUAGAUGAACAUAAAACGACUCAAACAUUACAUACUAGUAUUCAAUUGAACUUACUUUAGUUGAUUAA